GAGAGAGAGAGAGAGAUUUCUACACAAGUGGUGGAGAUCUAAUCUUCCCCACCUUGCAAACUUCAUCAGACAAACAGCUCAUAAACCCACCACUGGCCCCUUCCUCCUCCUCCUUCUUCAAUCCUCCCUCCCUUUGCCUACAAGGAAACCCUAAAGUGCUGAACAAUUCAUCUAAACAGUAGGGCUACACACUCAUAUCAUACACACAUAUAAACAUAUAUCGCAUAGUUUCAUGCAGUGGCGUGGUUUAGUUCACGUGUAAUUUUGCCGCCUAUAUAGCAUAUCCAUAUAGCGGGCUAGCUAGUUACAGGUACUGAUCGAUCCAAGGAGCGGGAUCUGGAGUUUGUUUCCCUCCUCGUAUCUGGGAGUCAUUUAAAUGCUUGCCGUAUCACCUUUGAGGAACAGAAAAGAUGAUCACCAGGGCCAGGGAGAGGAUAUGGCGAGCGAUUUCUCAAUCGGGGUGACCGGUGACUUCCCCGACUUCUCCGACAGGAACUUACUGGAUAGCAUUGACUUCGAUGACCUCUUCAUCGGGAUCCAUGAUGGGGACGUGUUGCCCGACCUGGAGAUGGACCCGGAGCUCCUGGCGGAGUUCUCGGGCAGCGGAGGGGAGGAGUCUGAGAUCGUGAACACGUCCACGACGUCCGUGGAUCAGAAGGCAGCCGAGGACACCAAUAACAACUACUCCGCCAAGAAAGGAGGAGAUGGGGAUAAGUUGUCGGGAUCAGAGCAGUCAGGGACAUCGACUGUGACCCGGGGAGAGGAGGUGGCGAGCAAGAUCGAUGAGUCGGUCGUGGUUAACCCAACAACUCCCAAGGAGUCGGAUAAGGGCGGGAGGAAGCCGUCGAGCCACUCCAAGAAUAAUAACAAUCCUCAAGGGAAGCGAAAAGUCAAGGUCGAUUGGACGCCGGAGCUGCACCGGAGGUUCGUGCAGGCAGUGGAACAGCUGGGUGUGGAUAAGGCAGUGCCUUCGAGGAUUUUAGAGCUCAUGGGGAUCGACUGCCUGACCCGUCACAACAUUGCUAGCCACCUCCAGAAAUAUCGGUCCCAUCGGAAGCACCAGUUAGCUCGUGAAGCGGAAGCAGCAAGCUGGAGCCAUAGACGGCAGAUGUAUGGGGCGGCAGCAGCAGUCCCCGGUGGAGGUAAGCGGGAAGUGAGUCCAUGGCUCGCACCUGCCCCAGGCACCAUGGGUUUUCCUCCGGUGACACCCAUGCCAGCCCAUUUUAGGCCAUUGCACGUAUGGGGCCACCCGACCAUGGACCAGUCACUCGCAAACAUGUGGCCGAAGCACCUACCCCAUUCCGCUUCACCAUCUCCGCCCCCAUUAGCACCUGCCUGGGCACCGGUGGCGCCUCAUCAUCCUCCUCCUCCAAUGGCACCGGAUGCGCCGUACUGGCAUCCUCACCGGCCGCAUGGACCAAAUGCACUAACACCCGGAACGCCAUGCUUCCCCCAGUCACUUCCACAGACGAGAUUUGCGGCUCCACCAGUACCCGGCAUCCCACCUCACCCAAUGUACAAAGUAGAUCCGGGGUUUGGCCACCCGACUGGACCAGUCAGCUCCCGCCCUCCAUUUGACUUCCACCCGUCGAAGGAGAGCGUAGAUGCAGCCAUUGGAGAUGUUUUAUCGAAGCCGUGGCUGCCCCUUCCCCUGGGCCUGAAGCCGCCGUCUCUUGACGGCGUGAUGGGCGAGCUGCAGCGCCAAGGAAUCCCCAAGAUUCCUCCGUCUUGUGCCUGACGGCGCCGUUCCCGUGGCGAACCCCAACCCCAAAAAAGAAUUCGACGACAUUUCCUGUCCUAAAUACGUACUGUGUUAGAUGUUAAUAUUAUUAUUAAUUAACAUCUAAUCAGUGAGUUUUUUCCUCCCCUAAAUCUUUUCCUUUUUUCUUUUUUUUUCCUGAAUAACCUUUUUUUUUUAAUGGCCAUCGUUUUGGACAUGAGACUCGACCGUAUUGCCUAGCUCAUGAGGUUCAGCGUUGAUGCUAUCUUAAUUAAAUUCUACAUAUAUAUAUAUAUUUAUCGGGUAUAAUGAAUAAAUAAACGACAUGUUUAUAGAGUCUCAA